UUAUUCUCACACACCCUUCGCAGGCCAGAGGGACUUUCAAGGAAACUACGAGAAGAUCCUUCAUCAUGCAGUGCCCGCAGUCUCCGGCGCGAAUCCUGUCAGAGGAGCAGUUCUCCUGCUCCAUCUGUCUGGAGGUCUUCGUCGAGCCCGUCUCCACUCCCUGCGGCCACACUUUCUGUAAGGCCUGUCUGCAGGGCUUCUGGAAUCACAGCAAGAAGUUCAUGUGUCCCAUGUGCAAGAAAGCCUUCUCCAGAAAACCAGAGCUCAGCGUCAACUGCGUGCUAGCCGAGAUCGCUGAACAGUUCCAGGGUCUGUCCACGAUGUCCUCGCUCGACCGGGGCAACGUCGAGUUCACGAAUUCCCCACAGAGAGAUGACGACUGGGGAGACUUCGCUAAAGCGGGAGAAGUGCCCUGCGACGCCUGCAUCGGCCGGAAGAUGAAGGCCAUGAAGUCGUGUCUGAGCUGCCCGGGUUCGUUUUGUGAAGCUCACCUGCGGCACCAUAAGAAGGGGAAGGCGAUGGGCUCGCACAAGCUGGUGGAGCCCAUACACAACCUCGAAGACAAGAUGUGCAAGACACACAAGCGCCUUCUGGAUGCCUACUGCCGAAACGAACACGUGUGCGUGUGUAAGGAGUGCACAGAGUCCUCGCAUAAAGGCCACGACAUUGUCUCCACCGAACGAGAGUGGAAGAAAAAAACGAGUCAGCUGGGAAAGAAAAGGUCAGAACUGAAACAUCUGAUCAAGGAGCGAGAAAAGAAACUGGAGGAGAUCAAGCAGUCCAUCAAAGUCCUCAAAGACAGCAGUCAGAAGGAGAUCGAGGAGAGCUGGGGGGUUUACGCAGAGCUGCAGCGGCUGCUGGAACAGUCUCAGGCCGAGCUGGUGGAGCUCAUCACGACGCGACAGAAACAAGCGGAGCAGCAGGCCAAAGAUCUGUCCAGCGGCCUGGAGCACGAGCUCAACACACUGAGGAAGAGGAGCAGCGAGCUGGACGCACUCGCUCAGACACAGGACAGGGUGCUCUUUCUUCAGUUCCUGCCAUCUCUUCCUCCUCCACCGGAGCCGUCUGAUUGGUCAUCUGUGUCCGUGAACACGGAUCUGUAUCUCAGCACCAUCAGGACGUCCGUCUCCUCUCUGGUGGACAAAUUCCAACACGAGGUCAAACGGCUUUAUGGGAAAGAACUCAGGAAGCUGCAAAACUAUGCAAGUGAGGUGAUCUUGGAUUCUGCCACAGCUCAGCGUGAUCUCUGUCUGUCCGAGGACGGCCGGCAGGUGCGCUAUGAAGAGCAGCGGAAGGGCUCCAUGCAUUCGGACACGCCGCGGCGCUUCAACCCAGCGCUGUUUGUCCUGGCGCGCGAGGCUCUUUCCUUCGGCAGACACUACUGGGAGGUGGACGUGGGACACAAGACCGCUUGGACCGUAGGAGUGGCCCGUGGGUCGGUGCGACGCAAAGGAGAGAUCCGCCUCAGUCCAGAAGGAGGCUUCUGGUGUUUAUGGCUGAAGAGCGGAGAAGUAAAAGCUCUUACAGGCAACAGAGUUCCUCUGCAUCUCGCCACACUGCCUCAGAAACUGGGCAUCUUUCUAGACUACGAAGCUGGACAGGUGUCCUUCUACGACGUGAAGACACGCUCUCAUCUCUACACGUUCAACGAUGCGUUCACUGAGAGCGUCUACCCCAUUUUCAGCCCUUGUAUCAAUCAGGACGGAAAAAACCCCGGAGCGCUGGUCAUCACCGCUGUUAAACACAGCUGAGACGGCAAACUCACUCCAAUGCAUUUUCCAUGAGUUUCUAAAAGAUUCUAACAAAACUGAAGACUUUCCAAAUGGAUUCUGGACAAAUAAAACACAUUUUCAUAAGAGUUCUCUCUGUAAAUCUUAUAAUGGGAACUGGCAUGCGUCUAGUGUACAUGACUAUAUGUUACUUUGAAAAGGAAGCAGACCGUUUUGAAACACAUAU